AUGAUCAUCGGGAUUGACGUGUGGACACAAAAGGUGCGGGAGCUUGAGGCGGCCUCAAUGCAGGACGACUUCUGGAACGAUGCAGCAAACGCACAGAAGUCUCUUCAGGCGAGGACAGGAGGGUCAGGAGCCCACGGCCAGGUGGUGACAGACGUGCAGGAAUUGAGCGAUGCCAAGGCGAAACUGUCGAUGAACGAAAAGAUGUCAGAUCUCGACGGUGAACUCGUGAAAGAAGCAGAAACCAACAUCGCUGGGCUCGAGGAAGACCUGGAGCGCUGGGAGCUUUCUCAGCUCCUGUCGGGGCCUUUCGAUCAUCGAGGCUGCUUGCUGUCGAUCCAGGCGGGGGCAGGAGGAACCGACGCGAUGGACUGGGCGGAGAUGCUGUUGAGGAUGUACACGAAAUGGGCAGAGAAGAAAGGGUACAAGAAUCAGCUGGUCGAUCACAUGCCAGGAGAAGAAGCAGCGACUAAGUCAGCGACUAUUGAGAUCGACGCCCCGUAUGCUUACGGAUACCUUCGAGGAGAGAAAGGAGCACACAGACUCGUUCGCAUCAGUCCAUUCAAUGCUCAAGCUAAGAGGCAGACGUCGUUUGCGGGCAUUGACGUUAUGCCGCUCUUGGAUGAGGACGUGACGAUGGAAAUCGAUCCCAAAGACUUGGAGAUAACGACGAUGAGA